AUGCAAAAGUCAUCUUUGUUGAAAUCUGCUCAAGCUUUGAGACCUUUGUUUGACAGGGUCUUGGUUCAAAGAUUAAAGCCAGCUACUAAAACUGCAAGUGGUCUUUACAUUCCAGAGAAGAACCAAGAGAAAUUGAACCAGGCUACAGUUAUUUCUACGGGACCUGGUAUAACCAAUGCAACUACAGGACAAGUCAUCCCAGUUUCUGUAGCUCCAGGUGAUAAAGUCUUGUUACCUUCCUUUGGUGGAAAUCCAAUUAAAGUUGGAGAUGAAGAGUUUUUGUUGUUCUCUGAUAAAGAGAUUUUGGCAAAAAUUGAAGAGUAA